ACUACACACGUAACUGCUCUGUUAUCGUUUUGGAUAUGCGAAACCCUUCAUCAUCAUCAUCCAUGGCUGUGAAGGAGAAGAUGAGUGUGAAGAACAAGAAGCCUUGCAAUGGCGCCAUCGAGGUUCACUUUAGAGGUGUACGGAAGAGACCAUGGGGACGUUACGCCGCCGAGAUCAGAGAUCCAGGCAAGAAGAGCCGCGUCUGGCUCGGCACCUUCGACACCGCCGAGGAAGCCGCUAGAGCUUACGACGCCGCCGCGAGGCAGUUUCGUGGCCCUAAGGCUAAGACCAACUUCCCUCCUCCUCCUCAUCCUUCUGAUACCAAAGAAAACCUCAACCACCAUGUUAACAACAACAACAACCAGAGCCCUAGCCAGAGCAGCACCGUUGAGUCGUCCACUCCGGAGCGUGAGGUCACGCGCCGACGUGACGUUGCCGGCGCGGUUAUGGAUCGGUUCCCGUUUCUCCAGCUGCAGCCGCAACUCGUGGCGUUUGGCGGCGGAGGUGGUGGAAGUGCGGUUGAUGGCAUGGUGACUCCCGUACGCCCGGUUUUCUUUCUUGACCCGGCUGGUCGAGCAGAGUUUCUGAGCCAGCGUUUUCCUGUCCGGUUCGAACCGGGACCGGUCGAGUUCACCACCGGGUUUAGCGGUGCGGUCCAGAGUGACUCGGAUUCAUCCUCAGUUGUUGAUUGUCAGCCCAAAAUUGCUCUCAAUCUUGAUCUUAACUUAGCUCCGCCAAUGGACGCUUAAUUUUUUAACUUUUUUUUUUUUUUUUUUUAAUUUUUACAUUUCACACCGUACCUAGAACAAAGCAGAAAGCAGAAGUGUUUUUUUUUUUUUUCCCUUACCCGAAGGUUAAUCUUUUAUUAUUUUGAGGAAGAUGGCUGUUAAUUACAUCCUUUGAUGUAAAUAAGUUAGUUUUUUUUUUUUAACCAAGUUAAAGAGUUUGAUCCGAAUUUCUCUGGAUCUCUUAUAAUUUUCUGUAACCUCUAAUAUGUGAUUCUGGCUGAUGUUAAUUUUCUUAUAAUGUAAUAAUUUUUGCUCUUUUGAGUUUUCUGCAA